GGCCGGACUCCUGGGUUCAGCUCCCCGCGGAGGGGGAGGAGCCGGGCCGGCGAGGGAAUAGAGCAAAGGGAUGGGAAGCAGAAGCAGAACUCCUGGGUUCUUUUCCCUAGUUUUCUCAAUGAGGCCGUUUAGACAAGUCACUUCGUGGUGUAUAAGAACGUACAGUUGAUAAUUCCUGGACAACAUGACAUUCCACAGCUGUAACAUAGUCCUUGCAAUAGCCAGGUCAAGUUUCAGAGGCCCUCAUCUUCUUGUUCACUCCAGUUGUUCUCCAUAUUCCUCAUCAGUUGCAUUUGUCCAACUAGUGGAUUCUCAUUUAAACCGAAUUUAUAUGAAAGACUCUGAAAACCAGCAGUUACUGUACUGCACACAGCUGGCCUCUGGACUACGAACUAAAGCAGUGAGAACGCUGCACACCUCUGCUUACUGGCAUCAAGAGCUCCAAGAUAAAUCUCAGCUGCACCAAAGGACAAUAAACCAGGACACUGAGCAUGCUAAAACUCUGCCAGACCAAAGCACAGAGACUGGUGUGGGGAAAAAGUCUUUACGCCAAAGAAUUGUGGAUGAACUGAAACAUUAUUACAAUGGAUUCCACUUGCUUUGGAUUGACACAAAGGUCGCUGCCAGGAUGGUGUGGAGGCUGCUACAUGGUCAGGUUCUCACUAGACGAGAGAGACGAAGGCUACUGAGGACAUGUGCUGAUCUCUUCCGACUGGUUCCCUUCUUGGUGUUCAUCAUUGUGCCCUUCAUGGAGUUCCUGUUACCUGUAUUUCUGAAACUCUUUCCUGAAAUGUUGCCCUCAACUUUUGAGACGGAAUCAAAAAAGGAAGAAAAACAGAAAAAGAAACUAAGUGCCACGUUAGAGCUUGCAAAAUUCCUGCAGGAGACUAUUGCCGAGAUGGCCAAAAGGAACAAAGCAAAUAUGGGAGAGGCCACCAAGCAGUUCUCUUCCUAUGUGCAACAGGUUCGUCAUGCUGGCCACCAGCCCAGCACCCAGGAGAUUGUGCGCUUCUCCAAGCUCUUUGAGGAUGAGCUGACCCUUGAACACUUAGAACGGCCACAACUGGUAGCCCUCUGCAAACUGCUUGAACUACAGCCCAUUGGCACCAAUAACCUACUCCGCUUCCAGCUUUUGAUGCAGCUCAGGUCUAUAAAAGCAGAUGAUGAAAUGAUUGCUAAGGAAGGUGUUAAUGGGCUAAGUGUAUCCGAACUGCAGAGUGCAUGCCGGGCCAGAGGAAUGCGAUCACUGGGUCUCACAGAGGAACAGCUGAAAGAACAACUCAGUCAGUGGCUAGAUCUACAUCUAAAGGAGAAUGUUCCUCCUUCUCUGCUGCUGCUUUCUCGCGCCUUGUACUUGAUAGACAUGAAGCCGAAACCUAUUCAGGUGUCGCAGAGUGAGGUUCGGGUUAGUGAUGCUGCUGCGGAAACACCAGUUCUUGAGCCUAAAGAAACCUUAGUGGAUUCUGCACCCAUUGUGCAAGGAAGAAAGGGAGAAGAAUUUAUAUCACAGGCAUCCGAGAAGUUACCAAUCCCUGGAGUAUCUGUCAAGCCUCUUCCAGGAGAGACCAAAAUGGAGGUAUCUCAGAGCAGCAAGGCCAGUGCCAAUGGAGUCUAGCCCUGCGCCAGCAAGGACCGUGGAUCAAGGGCACCGACGGAGGAAAACUCCAUUCCUCGUCUAACCCAAGGACCGGGUGAGCAGUGUGUUGGCAGGCUCCCUCCCACACCAAGGCUUUCAGCUGUGCCCAGGGGGCCUUAUCAAUCAAUUCCAGAUUGUUUUAUUAGCAGCGAGGCCAUAUAAAGGACACAUCCCAUUUAAAAUACCCUCUAUAAAUUGUUAUAUUGUAAAUAUGUAAAUAUGUCUAUUAAAAUGCUCUAAGCUGUAACUUA